AUGGCACACGGUUUAGCAAUUGUGGCAGAGGUGAGUGCAGGGGAGCAGAGGCGGAACGAGGAAGGGCGAAAUGAGGAGGAAAGGCGGAACGAGGAAGGGCGGAAUGAGGAGGAAAGGCGGAACGAGGAAGGGCGGAAUGAGGAGGAAAGGCGGAACGAGGAAGGGCGGAAUGAGGAGGAAAGGCGGAACGAGGAAGGGCGGAAUGAGGAGGACGGGCGGAAUGAGGAGGAAAGGCGGAACGAGGAAGGGCGGAAUGAGGAGGAUGGGCGGAAUGAGGAGGAUGGGCGGAAUGAGGAGGAAAGGCGGAACGAGGAAGGGCGGAAUGAGGAGGAAGGGCGAAAUGAGGAGGAAAGACGGAAUGAGGAGGAAGGGCGGAAUGAGGAGGAUGGGCGGAAUGAGGAGGAAAGGCGGAACGAGGAAGGGCGGAAUGAGGAGGAAGGGCGGAAUGAGGAGGAUGGGCGGAAUGAAGUGGAUGGGCGGAAUGAGGAGGAAAGGCGGAACGAGGAAGGGCGGAAUGAGGAGGAAGGGCGGAAUGAGGAGGAAGGGCGGAAUGAGGAGUAA